CGCCGAAUCAGUGCUGCGGCGACGACGCGGCCGGUGGUUUCGCUGCGCCUGCGCGCUAGGGAGAGCUGCGCGGGCUGGGCGCUGUGUGCGGGCGGGGCUGGCGCUACUCUCACCCUGGUAACAGCGGCCGCUGCGGAGCCGCCCCUGGCCCGGCACCAUGCAGGGGGAGGACGCCAGAUACCUCAAGAGGAAGGUGAAAGGAGGUAACAUAGAUGUACACCCCUCCGAAAAGGCCCUUAUUGUUCAUUAUGAAGUGGAAGCAACUAUUCUUGGAGAAAUGGGGGACCCUAUGUUGGGGGAGCGCAAGGAGUGUCAAAAAAUUAUUCGGCUGAAGAGUCUUAAUGCAAACACAGAUGUUGCUUCCCUGGCUCGAAAGGUGGUGGAGGAAUGCAAGCUCAUUCACCCCUCCAAGCUAGCGGAAGUGGAGCAGCUGCUGUACUACCUGCAGAACCGCAGAGAUGCCUCUUCUGGGAAAGAAAAGAAAGAGAAAUCUAGUAAACCGAAGGAUCCACCACCUUUUGAAGGAAUGGAGAUUGAUGAAGUAGCCAAUAUCAAUGACAUGGAUGAGUACAUUGAGUUACUGUAUGAGGAUAUUCCUGAUAAGGUGCGUGGCUCUGCCCUUAUCUUACAACUUGCCAGGAACCCUGAUAAUUUGGAAGAAUUGCUGCUCAAUGAAACUGCACUGGGUGCAUUAGCCAGAGUGCUGAGAGAAGACUGGAAACAAAGUGUGGAACUUGCUACUAAUAUUAUUUAUAUUUUCUUUUGCUUUUCAAGUUUUUCUCAGUUUCAUGGACUAAUCACACACUACAAAAUUGGAGCUCUGUGUAUGAACAUCAUAGAUCAUGAGCUGAAGAGACAUGAGCUCUGGCAGGAGGAACUCGCCAAGAAGAAGAAAGCUGUUGAUGAAGAUCCUGAGAAUCAAACCCUGAAAAAGGACUACGAGAAAACCUAUAAAAAGUACCAGGGGCUGGUUGUCAAGCAGGAACAGCUGCUGCGAGUUGCUCUUUAUCUGCUGCUGAACCUUGCUGAGGACACACGUACAGAGCUGAAGAUGAGGAACAAGAACAUUGUAUACAUGCUAGUGAAAGCACUGGACCGAGAGAACUUUGAGCUGCUUAUUCUGGUGGUGUCAUUCCUGAAGAAACUUAGCAUUUUUAUGGAGAACAAAAAUGACAUGGUUGAAAUGGAUAUUGUGGAAAAACUGGUGAAAAUGGUACCAUGUGAGCAUGAAGACCUGCUGAAUAUCACCCUUCGACUUCUACUGAACCUCUCCUUUGACACGGGCCUGAGAAACAAGAUGGUCCAAGUUGGGCUGCUUCCCAAACUCACUGCACUUCUAGCAAAUGAAAGCUACAAACAGGUAGCAAUGUGUGUUCUGUAUCACAUAAGCAUGGACGACCGCUUUAAAUCGAUGUUUGCGUACACAGACUGUAUACCACAGUUAAUGAAGAUGCUCUUUGAGUGCCCUGAUGAACGCAUUGACCUGGAGCUCAUUUCCUUCUGCAUUAACCUUGCUGCUAACAAGAGAAAUGUGCAACUUAUCUGUGAAGGAAACGGAUUGAAGCUGUUAAUGAAGAGAGCUCUGAAGUUCAAGGAUCCAUUGUUGAUGAAGAUGAUCAGGAACAUUUCACAACAUGAUGAGCCAACCAAAAACCUGUUUGUUGAUUAUGUUGGUGACUUAGCAGCUCAAAUCUCUAAUGAUGAAGAGGAGGAAUUUGUGAUAGAAUGCCUGGGAACACUGGCUAAUCUGACCUUACCUGACCUGGACUGGGAGCUUGUGCUGAAAGAGUACAAACUGGUUCCAUACCUCAAGGAUAAACUAAAACCUGGUUCUGCAGAAGAUGACCUUGUCUUGGAAGUGGUGAUCAUGAUUGGAACUGUAUCUAUGGAUGACUCCUGUGCUGCUAUGCUGGCCAAAUCUGGAAUUAUUCCAGCACUCAUUGAACUUCUAAAUGCUCAGCAGGAAGAUGAUGAGUUUGUCUGCCAAAUCAUCUAUGUCUUUUACCAAAUGGUCUUUCACCAAGCCACCAGAGACGUCAUCAUCAAGGAGACCCAGGCUCCAGCAUAUCUUAUAGACCUGAUGCAUGACAAAAAUGCUGAGAUCCGCAAAGUCUGUGAUAACACACUGGAUAUUAUAGCGGAAUAUGAUGAAGAGUGGGCUAAGAAGAUCCAGAGUGAGAAAUUCCGAUGGCACAACUCUCAGUGGCUGGAGAUGGUAGAGAGUCGACAGAUGGACGAGAGUGAGCAGUACCUCUAUGGGGAUGACCGCAUUGAGCCCUACAUCCAUGAAGGGGAUAUUCUAGAAAGACCUGACCUUUAUUACAAUUCAGAUGGCCUGAUAGCCCCUGAUGGAGCAGUGAGUCCAGAUUUCUUCAGUGAUUAUCACCUCCAAAAUGGAGACUUAGUCGGGCAACAUCCCUUCUCCAGCAGGGACUGGAGAAGAGGUGUGUCUGGAGAUGGUGAGGACAGGACCCUCCAUGGUCUCAUUUGGCUCAAGCCUGCUAUUGAGAAGGCCAUACCUAGUGCUCCCUGGUAGUCUGCUGGAUGACCGCAGCUGCUGCAGAGAGACCUGGAAAGUGAGGCAGUCUUGAAGAUCACAUGCCAGUUCCCCAAAGGGCUUUGUAAAAGCGUCGCGGAACUUUGGAGUGGUUCCAGUAAGGAAGGGGGAGCCAGUGCAGGCCGCAGACCAUGCUCUUUAGCUCGCCCCCACCCUAAGCAGACAGGACACUAAAGCAUGUACCAGUGUUGUUUGACUCCUCACCUUCCUGAGGAAUUUGUUCAACAUGGCACUCCAGGCCUUCCCCAGGGCCGUGGUGAAUUAGUGAAGUGUGACAAUAGCACUCCUGGUUCAGGGAGAAAAAGACAGCUCUCCAAACCACUGCAUUCUGAUUUGGAGCAGAGCGCUAGUAGGCCAGGUCUACAAUACAAACUCAUGCUGGUAGUUGUCUGUCAGAAGCAUGAAGAUGUGUGAUCCAAGACUAACACAGCUGUGCCGUAGACGUGGUUAUUCUGGCAAAAUUGCACUCU